UCUGCCAGCACUAAUCUUGCAGUUUUGGCACUUUCGAAGCGCAAAUAGAAACAGUGGGUUUUUGUUUAAACAAUUGCACAAACAAAUAAAAAGUGUCCGACUCGACGACUCAGCUGCCUAGAUGGCAGAGCAUAUAGGGAGCAUGGAGAGUACGUCAGUGUCAGAGGGAAAGUACCAGAAACUGGCCAGCGAAUACUCAAAGAUGCGUGCCAAGGCACAAGUGUUAAAAAAUGCGGUGCAGGAUGAGCGGGCGAAGGUGGAAAGUCUGCGUGAGCAAUUGCAGCAAAAUGCAACAUCAUCACGACGCACCGAGCAGGAAGUAGACUCAUUGAAUUUUCGCAAUAAACAGCUAGAAUCGCGUGUCUCGCAGCUGCAGCUGGAGCUGUCGCUGCACGAACAGGCGCCCAAGAAAAAGGAACCAAGCAGGCGUGGUCUUUUAAGGGGCAUCAAACAGGAGCCGCGUAGCGAGACGCCACACAAUACGAAUGCGGCACAAGAGGCGCUCAUAUUCGAGGAGUUGCAAAAGAAAAUCAUGGAGAACGCACAGCUGACAUCAUUGAUCGAUGACAAGCAGCGCGAUUUGUUGUUGCACACCGAACGAAUGGCAGAGCUGGAACACAAGUUGGAGAAGCGCACAAGUGACCAAAACGAGCUGGAGAAACGUUUGCGCAAAGAGCUCGAAACACUGCAACAUCGCAACUGCGAACUAGAAACCAAACUGGUCGAUGCAGCUAGCAUGUUGGGCAGCGAGGAUGCUUUAAGCGCCACUGGCAGCGACAGCACGCCGCUGCACAAUCCACUGCAGCAGCACCAACAGCAGCAACAUCAACUCAAUACCAAUGCCGCCUUACCCUUAACUGCCGAGGAGCGUAUUGCGCUUCUGGAGAAGGAGUCAGCCCACUGGCGAGCUCAAUACGAGGCGGCAAAAGUCAUUCAGAACUUCAACUCGAACUCCAACUUAAAUUCGAACCCCAUUAUGGAUCUCAGCAGCAUUUGCAGCUGCAGCACAGCUGCUGCUGGCGUCACCGUUAAGCCUUGUAACCUCGAAACUAAAUGUAGCCAGCGAGCACGCGAUUCGUUACAAGAGCCACUCGAGCCGCCUACGAAGGAGCAGUUAAUCUACAGUGUAUUCAGCAGAAAGUACGAAGAUUUGCUGCGCCUCAAAGCGUUGGCCGAGUCGCGAUUGCGUUCGUCGGAGCAGGAGGCAAUACAUUUGCAGAUUUGCCUGGAGAAUGCGACACAAGAACUAAAAUCAAAGGAUGAGCAACAGUCCAGCUUGGGUGGGGCACUGCAAAUGCUCGAGGAAGAACUGACCACGACACGUAUUAACUAUGAGGAGCAGAUCAGCGUGCUGACAGAACAAGUGAUUAGCUUAAGUGAGCAAUUGGCGGCCGGCAAUUGAAUUGUAGAAUGAUGUAUGCCUUGCCGCGUUCCCUAUUCAAAAAGUACCCAGGCCACAGUGGAGCAUCUAAUGUCGCUGUUUUGCUUUUGGUGCGGUUAGUUAUUGGAGAUGCUUGUGCAGUCAUUUUUAAAGCAAUAAUGAAAAAAUGUCGAAUAACCAACCGUCAACAUGGCAAAGCAAACCCCCACAAUGCAGUGUGUGUAUUGUAUAUAGCUGAAUAUAUAAAUUUAUAUAUGUAUGUUUUAAAUAAUUCACUAAAAUUUAAACAACAAGAAAAGUACUAAGUAUGUUAAUUACAAUUUAAUUGCGAACGAGGAGCCACAGGAGCAGCCCAUCUCUGCUUGGGGAUUGGCCACCAUACGAAAUCCAGCUCUGAUUAGUUCGCUAUGAUAAUCUAUUGUUGCCCCACUGCAAUAAUCCAGCGAUAUUGUGUCAAUGACCACUUUUGCCUUUUCCUCCCCAAACUGCAGAUCGUCUUCGUUCAUCUUUGUGUCCAAAUCGAAUUUAUACUGGAAUCCUGAACAGCCGCCGCCCUCGACGGUGAUGCGCAGAAAGGAGCCGUCCACACAGAUCUCACGCAAACGUUUCAAGCAGCUAUCGCUCACUAUCAGCUGCUGUUGUGGGUUUGUCAUGCUGGGUGCAAUUGUUGCCGGAGCUUUGGAGGCGGCGUCUUUGGCGGCAUGGCGCAGUGAGGACGUCGAUAGCAACAAAUUUCUGUAGUUAAUGUUUAUGUAAUAUUGUUUGAUGGGCCAAUAUUAUAGCUACCUUUGGAGGGUAGGUUUUGCCAGUUGGCGCAACACGAAAGCCAUUUCUAUAAUUUCACAAUUUCGAAAAUAAGUUGCAAGUGACAAAA